UCAGCAUUUGCACAGCUUUUAUUUUUCAUUACUUUGCUUUACUCAUCUUUGUCUGUGGUGGUCCUACUUGUCUCCGAGAUCGAACUCAGGCCCCUCAGGAUUGGUGGCAAGAGCCUGCACCUGCUCAGUAGCCCACAACGUUUCUCUUCAAUGAGUCUGAACUGCUGCAUCAGGCGGUUGGAGGCACUGGCAACAAUAAGCUUGUCCACAGUGUGUCUGCUGCCUUCUUUACUUUUUCUUUACAUUUUAGUUUUUAUACAGCGUCUCAUUUAGCCCAGCCUGGUCUAAACGCCCGAUCUUCGUCUCCGGGUCUCUGGAGUGUUGGGAUGACAGGUGUGCACCACCAGUCCUCAUCAAGAUCACACCCACUCCCAGUAUUACCCAUCUUCAGCCCCAUUCCAGCCACUCCAAGCCACACCCCCAGAACGCCUCAGCCUAUCAGCUUCCAUGUCCCGAGGGCCACUGAACUACAUUUCCCAGAAGGUGUCUCGGCAGCGCCGCACAAACUUCCGGCCAGGAAGAUGGCGGCUUCCUAGAGUCCUGAUUGACUGGCCGCGGUGCCCAGGCUACAGAGUGGAACCUGCGGCACUGUGAACGCGCGUGAGCUUUGUGUCGCCGUGGUCUAACUUCGACCCGGAUUGCUGUAGCUCCAGGCAGGAUCCUGGCUUCCACUAUCCCCCCUUCAUCUAACCACUCGGGAACCAUGGAGGUGGCAGAGGCGAACAGCCCCACGGAGGAGGAGGAAGAGGAGGAAGAAGAAGGAGAGGAGACGAUAUCAGAGCCCAGGCCUCACACUCGAUCCAAUCCAGAGGGGGCUGAGGACCGGGCCCUGGGAGCUCAAGCCAGUGUGGGCAGCCGCAGCGAGGGCGAGGGUGAGGCAGCCACUGCAGAUGGCGGGGCAGCCAGUGUCCCAGGAGCCGGGCCUAAGCCCUGGCAAGUACCAGCAUCAGCAUCUGAGGUCCAGAUUCGAACACCAAGGGUCAACUGUCCAGAGAAGGUGAUCAUCUGUCUGGAUCUUUCGGAGGAGAUGUCUGUGCCAAAGCUGGAGUCCUUUAAUGGCUCUAGGACAAACGCCCUGAAUGUGUCUCAGAAGAUGGUUGAGAUGUUUGUUCGCACAAAGCACAAGAUUGACAAGAGCCACGAAUUUGCACUGGUUGUAGUGAAUGACGACUCCGCCUGGCUGUCUGGCCUGACCUCUGACCCACGUGAGCUCUGCAGCUGCCUGUAUGACCUGGAGACGGCGUCCUGCUCCACCUUCAAUUUGGAAGGCCUCUUCAGCCUCAUCCAGCAGAAGACCGAGCUGCCAGUCACAGAGAAUGUGCAAACCAUCCCACCCCCCUAUGUUGUGCGCACCAUCCUGGUCUACAGCCGCCCACCCUGCCAGCCCCAGUUUUCCCUGACUGAGCCCAUGAAGAAGAUGUUCCAGUGUCCCUACUUCUUCUUCGACAUCGUUUAUAUCCACAAUGGCACUGAGGAGAAGGAAGAGGAUAUGAGCUGGAAGGACAUGUUUGCCUUCAUGGGUAGCCUGGACACCAAGGGCGCCAGCUACAAGUAUGAGGUAGCACUUGCUGGUCCUGCCCUGGAGCUGCACAAUUGCAUGGCCAAGUUGCUGGCCCACCCGCUGCAAAGACCCUGCCAGACCCACGCGAGCUACAGCCUGCUGGAGGAGGACGAGGAGGCUGGAGAAGAGGAAGCCACUGUGUGAACUAUGACAUGUGACAUCUCCGCACCCUCCUAUGAGGAGAGCGCAGGCACACUAUUAUUGGCCCAUGCUCAAUCCCACUCUGUCCACUGUAAAUUCAUUCUUCCUGGGACUAUUUUUGUCACCGGAAUAAAAAUCUGAGGUCCCUGAGCCCAC